AUGGAGCUCACUCCACGACAGCUGAAGAACUACGACGGCACCGAUCCGUCGAAGCCGAUCUACGUGGCGAUCCGCGGCCAGAUCUACGACGUAACCGCCGGAAAAUCCUUCUACGCCCCCGGCGGCGAUUACUGCAUGUUCGCCGGCAAGGACGCCAGCCGCGCGCUCGCCAAGAUGAGCAAGGACGAGAGCGACGUCGUCCCUAACCUCGCCGGCCUCACCGAGAAGGAGAUCGGCGUUCUGGACGACUGGGAGAAGAAAUUCCAGGCUAAGUAUCCUAUUGUUGGCACCGUUACCAAUUAG